UCUUUCUCUCUCUGUCUUGAAAUCUCUUCUCUUUUCUCUCACUUCCUCUUUCUCCUUCGCGAUCCAUCACUGCAAAAUCAUCCGAAGAUUAUGAUUUCACACCGUUUCGUUGAUCGAUUUUCUCUUUAACCUUCGAUCCAAAUAGUUCCUCUGUAAAAAUCAAAAACCCUAGUUUUCAUUUUUCCCCAUGGCGUAGCUAUUAGAUUAGGCACAAACCCUCAUUGCUUUCUUGUUCCAUUCGUUUUUCCCCGGAGCUAAAUCUCAUGGGUAUUCCCCAAGUUUUUGAAUUGAAUCUUUUUUUCUCAUGAAUCUGUGCUCUGAUUUUGCUCAAGGGGCGAUGAAGUGUAUAUAUCUUUCUACGCGUCUCUUUCGCGAAUUUCAUUGAAGGAGAGAGUGUUUUUCAAAUCUUUAGGUGAUAGGUAUUGCGCAUUUUUCAUAAAGGAUGAAUCUUGGGAUGGUUCUGGAUGGUGGGUCUUGUUGAUUGAGCUGGAUCAGUGAGUGGAAUUGCUUGUAUGUAUUGGUUCUAGGUUUUGGGUUUUGGUAGCUUUGAAGAUUUUUUGUAUCAGGUUUUGUAGAAGUUGGUGAUGAUGGAUGAGCAGGGAUUGACCUCGUGCUUGCACUAGAAUAAUGAUAUUUGGGGUUUUAUCUAUGUGCUUUACUGUGUUUGGUGUUGGGUGCAGAAGAGUAUUUGGUUGUUGUUCUCAUGAGCGGUUGAUACUUGUGUUAUGAAUCGUGUAAUUGAUGACUAGUGCUCUUUGUGGUUGAUACACUGCAUUCUUCAUCGGUUGGAAAUAUUUGGCAUUGUUCAUAAACUUUGUUCAGCAUAAUUCUUGGGUGGAGAGAACAAAAAUGAGCUUAGAAAACGAAGAUCAAAACUUGUUGGAUCAGGCAACUGAUCAUGGAGUGCAAAAGAUGUUAAAAAUUUCAUACACAAGAGAAUUUUUAUUAUCGUUAAGUGGAUUGGAUGAAUGCAAAGAGUUGCCCAGUGAGUUUGAUCGAUCACUUUUAAGUGAAUUCGAAGAUGCUUCCCAAGAUCGACAGAGAAGUACAGGUGGUUUGUCAAUGCAUAGUUUCAGACGUACUGAAUAUGGUUCAUCCCCUCCCACCAGAGGGGAUAUGAAUAGCACUUCGCGGGGAAUCCAUGGAAAAUGGGAAACUCGUUCUUCUGGACGAUCUGAUAGAGACAGUGAUUCUCAAUCUGAAUGGGAUUCAGAUUCUGGAAAACGUAUUGGCAACCAGUCUCGUAAAUCUUGGCAAGGUCCUGAGCAUGAUGGACUUCUAGGUAGUGGUUCUUUUCCAAGGCCCUCUGGGUAUGCUCCUGGGUUGUCUGCUCCGAAGUUUCGAGCUAACGACAACUACCAGCCUAAUCGGUCUAAUGAGCCCUAUCAUCCUCCUCGCCCUUAUAAGGCACCUCACUCGCGUAGGGAGACUAAUGACUCUUUUAAUGAUGAAACUUUUGGUUCUUUGGAGUGUACAAGUGAGGACAGGGCAGAAGAGGAAAAAAAGAGAAGAGCUUCUUUUGAAUUGAUGAGAAAGGAACAACAGAAAGCUUUCCAAGAAAAGCUUAAGUUGAACCCAGACAAGAAUAAGAACAAUUUUGACAUGGCUUUUCUUCUUGACGACGAUGAGAAAAGGCUAGUUAAUCAAAGCAAUGAGUCAACGGAGCCUCCUGAAACUCCAGCAGCUUUAAGCAAUGAUGAGAAGUCUUCUUCCCUUUCACACACUCCUUCAGCAGCAAGACCAAUUGUACCUCCUGGUUUUGCAAGCACUAUGUUAGAAAGGAAUUUGGUCACCAAAACAUCCUCUAACACUCAUGCAACUGAGGUAGAACAAUAUGAGCCUGGGGAUACCAGAGGUAACAUUGUAUUCAGUAUAAAUUCUGAAAAUAAAGAAGGAAGAUUAUCAACCAAGCAAGCAGAUAAUGCCAAUAUAAAUGUUUCAAUUAACACUGAGAAAGAAAAGAUUUUAAGCUUGUCAUCAGCUGUGGAUAUUUCCGUCCUCAAAAUUGGAAUGGAUGAUAAAUUGAGGAAGAGAUCUGCUCUUUCAGAAGCCUUGGAAGCAUCAGAUGGCAAUGAAUUUAUUCAACUUAAUGCUGAAGUAAAAGGAAAGGAGGCCGUUGGAGCUCUCAAUCCAGACAAUUCAAAUUCUAUCCUAUACAACCUUUUUGGCAAUGCUUCAACACUAAACAGUGGCAAACCAACUAGUAUUGUUGAGCAGCCUGAUCAUAAGGCAGACGAGACAUGGAGUCCACAUGCCUUUCAAUCUUCCAAAUUUGCUCAUUGGUUUGUUGAAGAAGAAAAGAAGCCAGUGGAUGACCUGACCGGUAGGCCAAAUGACUUACUCUCACUUAUUGUUGGUGGUGAAAAAAGUGGGUUGCAGGUUUCUGAUGUGGAGACAACCCAGCACAUUGCAGCUAAUUUUAAUUUCCAAAAUCCUGAACCUGCUGAUGAACAUGUGACAUCAAAUGUAGCACAUACCACUAUUGAUAACUCUGAGCAGUCAUAUAAGAGUGAUACACCUGAGGUUGUUCCGGCAGUUCUUACAUGUGAAGAUCUAGAACAGUCGAUUCUGUCACAAGUUAGCGGAAAUGGUUCAUCACGUCUGCCUGCUAUGCAGGACAAAGAUUUUGAUGGAAAGACUGGGCAGUCAACUUCAAUUGAUAAUCAUGCAUCCCAACACCUCCUUUCUUUGUUACAAAAAGGAACCUUACAUAGUGAUAUGGAACUACCAUCUAUUCUAGAUUCUACAGACAAGGUGCACAACACUGAAGGAGUCACUACUGGCAACGAUUUUGAUAAUCCAGGAGAAGGAAAUGCAGAUGUUUCCAAUUCAUUGAAGACAUUGACACUGGAAACACUUUUUGGGACAGCUUUUAUGAAGGAGCUGCAAUCAGUUGGAGCUCCCCUUUCUGUUCAAAGGGGUUCAGUUGGAUCUGCAACGGCUGAUGUUUCAGAGUCUCUUUUGUUUCCUUUCUCUACCUCAGACAAUGUUCACCCUCCUACAGGUGAACUUACACUGAACAGGCAUGGAAGCGGUGUCCUGCCAUCAGAAAAAACUCAUCAACAACCCAAAUCAAAUAGAUUUGAAGAACAGUGGUUAGGCUAUGGUGAUGCUCAAGGAGAUGCUAAUUCAUCGCUACUUCAAAGUGAAAUUUCCAAGGCUAGUGGUUUCAAUGGGCCUCGUGAUAUUCACCUCCCUGAAGAAGAUAGCUUGAUUGCAGUUGGUGAUCCUCUGCAACGUUUUUUAUCUGCUGGAAAUUCAGCUAAAACAGAUUUGUCCCACGACACAUCAGUUGACAUUACUAAAAAACUAGCUGCUCUCAGUCCUGCAUUUAGAGAUGAACGACUUAUUAUGAGAAAUCAAGAAGGUCUACCAUACCCUCAUGGACCUUAUGAUAUGCGGGAACCUGGUAUUCCAUACCAGAAUCUUAAUGUCCAACGAUCUCCACAGCUCCACCCUCAGUUGAAUCAUAUUGGUCGAAUGUUCAAUCAACUGGAUUCUCAUCCUCCUCAUAUUAGUUCUUAUAUGAGGCUUCCAACUCCUGAGGGCAUGGUUCAUCAUGACUCUCCACCAAAUCAUCAAUUACCGGGAAAUAUGAUCCGUCCUCCUUUCCAUCAACCAAGUAGUGGGCCAACUGGGUUUGAUCCUCCUGCUCAUCAUUCUAUGUUACAACAGAUGCAUAUGCAAGGGAACCUUCCUCCAGCUCAUUUAUUACGAGGAUUCCCAAGGGGUGCACCUCUGCCCGCUCAUCCCAGCAAUCCGAUGACUGGUUUCAUGCAGGAACCAAACCCAAUGCAAGGCUUCCCAUUUAGUGGUGGUCACCAGCAUCCUACUUUUGGUGGCCCUGGAAUGGCAUUGCAAGCUCCUGAGGUUGCUGGUGGAAGAAAUCAUCCAGAAGCCCUUCAGAGGCUUUUUGAGAUGGAGCUCAGGUCAAACUCAAAGCAAAUGCAUGCUUCAGGGCAUAGCCAGGGGAUGUAUGGUCAAGAGCUAGACUUAGGUUUUGGGUAUAGAUAGAGUGUAUUAUCAUUGUUGAUGUGUAUACUAUAUUGUAUUCACCUACUGUUGUGUUGAUCUAUUACUCCUGCAUGAAAGAUGGUUUAAUAUGAUGUUUUUCUUUUUCAAAAUUGCCUGGGUUGUAAGUAAUGAAUUCUCAUCAAUUUGUACUUUGCUGGGAUUUCAAAUUUGCUGCCUUCUUUUUGUUAACACAAUCAUAGGGCUUCCAAGAGACCAAUUUUGGAAUGAAGAUUGAUGUUGGGGACAAUAGAUGCAGGAUCGAAGCUGAAAGAAAAAUUGGUGAAUAGGAACAUCUUUUUAGAGUGUUUGAUUGCAGGUUUUGUGCCAUAGAAGAUACUUACUUGGUUCUGAACCCUAACAUUUUAGCUUGAUAUUUUACUUUCACCAUUGUAGCCUUAUGACCAUCACAAGUUGUCGGCAGUUC